AUGCACAAAAACGGUGUAAUCGAACCUUCAAUAAGCCCAUGGAGCUCACCUAUAGGCUUAGUUAAAAAGAAAGAUGGUAACAACCGUUUCUGCGUAGAUUAUAGGAAGUUGAAUGAUGUCACAAAGAAAGACAGUUAUCCUCUACCGAGAAUCGACGAUACAUUAGACACCUUGUCUGGAGCGAAAUGGUUUUCUACAUUAGAUCUACAAAGUGGAUAUUGGCAAGUCGAAAUUGAUGAAUGCGAUCGUGAAAAGACCGCUUUCAGUAUGGGCGACGGGUUAUGGGAAUUCUCUGUGAUGCCAUUUGGAUUAUGUAAUGCGCCUGCAGCAUUCGAGCGACUGAUGGAACAUGUGUUAAAAGGACUCAACUGGAAGAUAUGUUUGGUGUAUCUUGAUGGCAUUAUCAAUGGAAAAAGUUUUGAUGAGCAUCCGAAAAAUCUAGAGGAAGUCUUUCAGCGAAUAGAAUCAGCCGGAUUACGCUUGAAUCCCAAAGUGUUCAUUAUUGAAGAAGCAGGUCACAUAUCUCGGAUAUAA